CUUUUUUCCUUUUUCUUUAUGGCCAUAUUUCUUUGGUCUUUUUAUUUUAUUUUUCUUAUUCUCCAAAAAAAGAAAAGUAAAAUUAGCACAUUGGUCGGUGACCGCGCUCCCGCUCUUUCGCGCAACCGCCUCCGCCGAUGGCGACGGUUCAAUCCGAUAUUCGCUGUGUUUAUCACAUCGCCUCCUCCACUUUCCGCUCCCUCUCCCCUAAUCUCAUGUCCCGGCGAACCGCCACCUUUUCAGGUAAACUUCUCUUUCCCUCCUUCAAGUUGAGAGCAUUCUCCACCGGUGAUGCUGUCAGAAUUCCUGAGAAACCGUCGAUUUGUACGGCCGACGAACUUCAUUAUGUUUCUGUACCGAAUUCUGACUGGCGGCUUGCACUCUGGCGCUACCAUCCCUCCCCUCAGGCGCCUCCGAGGAAUCAUCCGCUGUUGUUAUUAUCCGGAGUCGGGACUAAUGCCAUUGGUUAUGAUCUCGCCCCUGGGUGUUCUUUUGCGCGGUAUAUGUCUGGCCAGGGGUUUGAUACAUGGAUUCUUGAAGUUCGAGGUGCAGGAUUGAGCUUGGAGGAACCAAAUUUGAAAGUAAUUGAACAUUCAGCUAAAGUUAAAUCUGACAAAAUGGAAGCAGCCUCUGAGAGCAAAAUUAAUGGAACCUUACAUGUGGCAGAAGAGUCAACAAAAAUUUUAAAUGACCUUGCAAAAUCAGAUAGUUGCAUCAAUGGGAAAGAAUCCGAUUUUUCUAUGGUUGAAGAAGAAAAUUUCAUAGGAAUAACAACAAUUUGGGAUGAGUCAAGUUUGGUUUCAGAGUUAACAGAAACUUUUAUGCGUCUGUCAGAACGGCUAUCUGGCUUUCUAAGUGAAGGUCAAUCAAGACUUAUGUCUGCUAAACUAUUUGAUCAAAUUUCAAAACUCUUAGUUGAUUCCCAAUUAUCUGAACGUUUUAAUGAGGUGAGGGGAAGGCUUUCAAAUUUGUUGGAAACAGGACAGACCUCAGUCAUUGCUGGCCAGAUCAGGGAUUUGAGUCAAAGGCUUGUAGAAAUUAUUGAAGACGGUCAACGAUCCGUUUCACCUCCAUUGUUCAAUUUGCAAGAUCGGUUUUCUUCAACAAUUGAUGAUUUUCAGAAACAACUGGAUUUAAUAGUGAAGUAUGACUGGGACUUUGAUCAUUACCUGCUAGAGGACGUACCUGCUGCGAUUGAUUAUAUCAGGGCUAUAAGCAAGCCAAAAGAUGGUAAAUUGCUUGCUAUUGGGCACUCAAUGGGUGGUAUCUUGCUUUAUGCAGAACUUUCUCGUUGUGGUUUUGAAGGACGAGACCCCAGAUUUGCUGCUAUUGUUACUUUGGCGUCCUCCCUGGACUAUACUUCUUCAAAAUCAGCGCUGAAAUUGCUUUUGCCCCUUGCAGAUCCUGCACAGGCUCUUAAUGUUCCAGUUGUUCCAUUAGGAGCUCUGCUAUCAGCUUCAUAUCCUCUAUCAUCUCGCCCUCCUUAUGUCUUUUCUUGGCUAAAUAAUCUUAUUUCGGCAGAAGAUAUGAUGCAGCCUGAAAUGUUAAAAAAACUCGUCUUGAACAACUUCUGCACCAUUCCAGCUAAACUCAUCUUACAACUUACUACUGCUUUUCGAGAGGGUGGUUUACGAGACAGAAGCAAUACCUUUUUAUACAAGGACCAUAUUCAUAAAUGCCACGUCCCAGUCUUAGCCCUGGCUGGAGACCAGGAUCUAAUCUGUCCACCUGUAGCUGUAGAAGAAACUGCAAAGCUUAUUCCCGAGCACCUCGUUACCUAUAAAUGUUUUGGAGAACCAGGAGGUCCACAUUAUGCACAUUAUGAUUUAGUUGGAGGACGGCUGGCUGCUGAACAGGUGUACCCAUGUAUCAUCGAAUUUAUUAGCCAGCAUGAUGCAAUUUGAUUAUCCACCCAUCAAUCAAAUUUUCUUUUUGCUUCAAUUUUUUCAAACGUAACACACCCUUAUCCUGGUUUUGACUUUCAUGGCUGGAGAUAAAAAAUUCCCUUGCAGAACGAAUAUUGUAGAUUAUGUGCAGAUAGGGUUUUGAAGAUUUUGAGACUCCUUUUUCAUACAAGUUUCAUUAACCGAUGCUGAAUCCAUGUCGUCUUAGUCGGCUCUAAACGAAAAUGAUUACGGGAAAAGGUCAAGAUAAUCAAGGUACCAGUUCUGGAUCAUACAAAAUUAUGUGUAGAAUAGAGCUUGAAAUAUUCAUUGUAAUAUAUUAUAUAUGGAUAUGUUCUGUACUUUAUGUAUUAUAUCAUUUAUUGCUUAAAGAAACUUGUACUUCUCUGUUCGGUCUUUUCA